UCCAGUCAGCUGUUCCGGUGGGAAGUGGACUGUUAUUCCUUAAACCGUUACAAGAUCUGAAAACAACAACAAAGCUACACACAAACAAACUAAAAACAUUGUUAAGUGGCAAAUUGUGCAUUUAUAAGCACUACAUAGCAUUAAAAUUCCAAUUUAGCUGUCACUUUAGUUGAAAUAACUGCACUUUGAAAGUUAAACAUGCCGCCCGCGCAGGCGCCAAGUUUUUUGUAAACAUUGCCGCCCAACCCAAAAUGCAACAACAGCAGCCCCCCAAAAACGCCAAUGAACGCAAAAUCGGCACAAGGACGUGCCAGCCAGCCAGGAAAAAUCGAUAACAACACAGCCGCGAAGCGACAAAGGCCGGAAGUGCACUUUUUUUGCAUUACUGGGCGUUGAGUAACGUCACGGCGAACGAAAAAAUUAGUUCGUUUGCGAAAAAAGUGAUGUAGGUUUUUGCGCCAGGAGCAAGUAGAAAGUAGUAGUCCGGAAAAUGGUGGGCAAGGGCUCGAGCGGCCUUAGCGGCGACACCAGCACGGGCAGCAAGGAACGCCCUGUUUUCAUUCCGCCCCGGAAACGUCAACAAACCAAGUCGGAGGCCAAGAAGCAGAACUAUGUGGAUCACAUCGUCAGUGUGCAGCAAAAUCGACCCAAACUGUCGCCCUCCAAUCCGGGACUUGAGGAGGAGCUCCGCAAGUCCAAGCUGAUCAUCAAGAACAAGCAGCCGCUGCCGCAGCUGCCGGGAGAGCUGGGUGUGCCCGGUGCCCACGAUACACUGGCCAGCACCCACUCGGCCAGCUCCACGCAGCACAGCCAGAAGUCGGCCAGGUCGAACAGUAAUCUCAACGAGCUGCAGAACUUCGAAUCCAUAUCGCAAGGCACCAAGUCCACGUCGCAGCGGCACGAGAGCAGCACGGUGACGCCCAGCAGCUGUUGCUACUCGGAGAGCAGCCUGGACGCCAAGUUGAGCAAGUCGCAGGACUGCCUAAGCAACCGAUCGUCCUCCAAGAAGCGGGUCAACAUCCGGACAACCGAUCUGCCCGGCCAGGGGCGCAAUCAGCGCUCCUCACCGGAGAUAGCCAACUACGAGGAUCUGGAGUCCGGCGAAACGAGUGUCCUGAACAACUACGACCAGAGUCUGGAGCGUGGCUAUCAGGCGCGCAAGGAGGGCGGCGGCAACUACCUGACCAUGACGGGCACCAUUAAGCGGGGUCGCAAGAAGGGCCAGUCCGUGGACCUACAGAUCAACAUUAGUCGCGAGGAGCUGGAGCAGCUGAACGCCCAUGCGAUGGCCAGCGAUACCCAAAAGGGUGGCAAUUUGUGCUGCACCUGCAGCUGUGGCACCGGUCUCCACAUUCUGCUCAUCUCGCUGUUUUGCCUGCCGUUUGUGUCCGUCGUUUCGGCGGUGUACUCCUUCUACAUUGGCACACUCACCUGGUACAAUAUGUUCAACUAUUACUGCGAGGAGAGGACGUACCUGCACAAGAUCCUGGUGACGCCGCUGCUGUUCGUGAUCUAUCCGCUGGCCAUCGUGCUGUGCACCUUCGGCCUGGGAAUCUACUCGGGAUUGCGGCAGUUAAGUUUGCAGUACAGCAGUUGGGUGAACGACAUUACGGAUAUCGAGAAGGGAUUCUACGGCUGGUUGUGCGGCUUCUUGCGAAUGCCCGACUGCAGUCCCUACGAGGUGGUCAUCCUCACGGACAUUUGUGUGGCGCCGCAGGAUCCUCAGCGGCUGCACAUCAACAAACCGCGCCAGGAACUAUCCAUGUAGGAUGUGGGAUGUGGCAUGUAAGAGGACCUGGUAACUGGUUCCAGUUUCGUUUCGACCAUAAGUGUGAUAUAAAAAAAACGUAAUUACAUACGCAGAUCGACACAUUAAGUUUCCUUUGGCCAAAUUUGUUCCUUUCAACUUGACAUCAGCGUAUGUCUCUGCAAUUGCAGCUUUAGUGAACGGAAAUACAAUAUAUAUAUAUAGAUAUCGAAGCCACAACUUACAUACAUAAUCCAAGAAGCCCUAGAAAGUCUUAAGUUACUAGAGAUCUAACACUCGCACAGCGUCUAUAAUGCAAAAUGCAAGAAAAACCUCUAAAUAGCUCGGUAGUUUCGGAACUGAUAUAAUCUUGCAAGUGUCGCCAAAACUAAUGAUUGCUCAAUAAUAGAGGUUCAAUUGGAUUCUUUGUCUGAUUAUGGUAAUAGUUUACUUCACUAACUAUCCAUCCACUUUAAUUUAUGACCAUUUGCAAGGUUGUUACAAAAAAGAAAAGACAGUAAACUGUUGUAGUUGGGCACUAGCCUGCAGACUUGAAUCUCAGCUUUCCUUUCUCUAACUCAAAGCCAAAUUUAAAACUGUUUAAGGAACUUAUAGCAUUUACCGAAUACGAUGCAUUUAUCUUCAAAGUGAACUAAAACCAAAUAAAACAGCCAACACUUAAAUGCGCAGUUGACGUGAUGGAAACUUUUUCUUAGUUUUAAGCAAAUAUUUUUUAUUUCUACGUCAAUAAAAAAGCCGCAGCAAAGCCACACGGACAUUUAUACACAUACAUACAUAUGUACUUAUAUAAGCAGAAACGUUUUUAAAAUAGAAAUUCUAUAUGUUAAGAACCCGAAUAUCAAACACUUAUUGAAAUGAAUAUAUUAGCCAGAGAAAUAAAGCCAAUAAAACCGUAUAGCAAACACAA